GUGAGUCCCGGUAGGGGAGCUUCUUUACGGGAGCAGGCUGCCCUGGGAAUUAGCCUUCUUUCUCCCCAUAUUUAAAUUUUUAGACAUUAAUUAAAAUGUACAGAAGCACAAAUGCGGGCUGACAGUCCUCUCUACAGCUGUGAAGACAGGGGCGGAAUCUCCUGGUCGCCGCUCCACCUAGUGGCCGCGUCCAUUUUUGCGCCGGAUGGUCUGAUAUAAGGGGUUGGGAGAAGUGCCUACUUCAGGGAUCGCAAAGCGUGGCGGCCCCAUGGCCCCGCUGGGAGGCGCCCCGCGGCUGGUGCUCCUCUUCAGCGGGAAGAGGAAAUCCGGAAAGGACUUCGUGACCGAGGCGCUGCAGAGCAGAUGAGGAAAUAGGAUCAGAGAAGUUGAGACCUGACAGAGUCACAUAGACACCAGUAGCAGAAAUGGGACUUCAACCCUCUGGACUUCUCUCCUGGGGCCUGGAAACUCUAGGUUAACUGGUUUCGGAUGUGCCUGUCCCACAGACUCGGAGCUGAUGUCUGUGCCAUCCUCCGGCUCUCGGGUCCACUCAAGGAGCAGUAUGCUCAGGCCACCUCCUCAGACCGUGUUCAAGAAAGUGUGUCCAGGAAAGGCUGUGGACGUGAGUUGGCAGCUCUCUUGCUGUGUUAUUCGCACAUAAAGGAACAUGGCUUGAACUUCCAGAGACUCCUGGAUGCCAGCACCUACAAGGAGGCCUAUCGGAGGGACAUGAUCCGCUGGGGCGAGGAGAAGCGCCAGGCUGACCCCGGCUUCUUCUGCAGGAAGAUCGUGGAGGGUGUCUCCCAGCCGGUCUGGCUCGUGAGUGACACACGGAGGGUGUCUGACAUCCAGUGGUUUCAGGAGACCUACGGGGCUAUGACGCAGACCAUCCGAGUGGUGGCCUUGGAGCAGAGCCGACAGCAGCGGGGCUGGGUGUUCACUCCAGGGGUGGAUGACGCCGAGUCAGAAUGUGGCCUGGACAACUUCGGGGGCUUCGACUGGGUCAUCGAGAACCACGGAGAUGAGCAGCGCCUGGAGGAGCAGUUGGAGAACCUGAUAGAAUUUAUUCACUCCAGACUUUAGUGGUCAGGCGCUAGGCGUGAGCCAGGGGCUGCCUGGGUGAGGGGGAGGCUGACAACGUUGGACAUGUGGUCGCUGAUGCUGGCCGAGAUGGGGAGGCAGACAGAGGGCCUGGGUCUAGAUUUCUGGGGGGGGCUGGCAGAUGUCAGACGAGUCAAGAAACCCUGUGGGGACCUCAUUUCUUUAUGGAGGGGACAGCCCUACCUCUUUAGGAAGAGGCUUAGAGGGCAAGAGGGGUGAAUUGGCUGUGCUUGAAGCAGGAUCAUCACCAUCUCCACAGGUGCCAGGCCCGUCGGUCUGCAGUGGCCUUGCUUCCCCAUCCGCAUGCUCUCAGCUCCUUGUUCUGGGCAAGAGCCUGAGGCUCCCCAGUGUGGAAACUAAUAAACCUCCUUGGAGCACACACUCAGCUGGACAUGUCUCAUUUCCCAGUUGCCAGCCCUGCCUGUGUGGACUCAGAAGGGCCUGGGCUGUCCUGCUGGCUGUGGGUUCCUGCUGUGCCUCUUGCCUGGGCUGGAACAUAUCCUGCAGAGUCUGACCUCAGCCAGGCUAUGCAGGUAACUGGCCUGUUUGUGUCAGAGGCAGGAUUGGGGUCUGAGGGUCUUCUGGGAUGGCCCCAAGAGAGGCUCAGUGUUCCACAGAAAGUGCUACCAGCAAGUACCCAGGGGAACUGAGACAUCACAGAAGGGCAGAGCCACUGGAGAUGCAUGGCUCUUAGUAACCCUGGUGUGGCCCUGGGCGAGUUGUAUCACCAUGAGCCUCAGCUUUCCCACAGAGAGCUUUGGACUUGACCCCUUUUAUUUAUAUAGCCUUCUGCAAUUUCUCAAUUUCUUCUAGAUUCUUCACAGCCACCCUGUGAAAUGGCAAGAGAGUAUUUUCACCUGCGUUUAGCAGAUGCCAAGACUAGAGAAGCGAAACAACUUGCCCAGGGUUAGAGGGCUAGUAAGUGUUGGUGCUCCAGCUAGAACAAAGGCUGCCUGACUCCUGGCCAGGGCUCCUUCGGCCACAUGCCUGCAAAGUCCCAUGGCUCCUUGCCAUCCUCAGACCUAACCUGAGCACCCCAAAUCUCUGGCCCUGGCUUUGUUCUCCUUCCACAAAUUCUGUCAGUUCUCACCGAUAAGGGGACCACCAAAGAAAUUGCAUCAGUUUCGGCAUGACCCAAACUGAACUUUACACGUUCCUGCCCAAAUUUCGGCCUCCCUGGAUCGCCUUUUCUCAAUACUAUGCCCUGGCUCUUGCAGUUAACCAGGCCCGACAGCCUGACAGUCAUCGUGGACUCUCCAUGCCCCCUGACUGCUGUGGCUAAUUGGUCACCAGGUUCUGUUAGCCUCCCCUCCCUGUGUCUUCCCUCUGGGAGUCACUUUGGCACUGACCUCGGGUUCCCUGGCACCUUGGGGUUCCCCUCUGUCUCUCCGGUAGACUGAGAGCUCCUUGAGGAAUGGGCCUGGGCCUGUUCAUCUUUGUGUCCCCAGUGCCUGCCGCCUGGCAAGGGUAGUGAUGGCAGGGCAUGAGCAGUGACCACUGAGGGCCCACCGUGCACCAGAUACCAUGUUAGAUAUUUUAAUACGGCCUCGGAAAGAGCUUUGAGAAUUAAUGAAAAAAGAAAUGAAUGAAAGAGUAUUGACCAAACUUCAGGCUCUCAGGUGCUAGUUUAACAACCAUCACCUCAAUGAUGGUUUUAAUAAUGAUAACAGCAACAAUGACAACAACUGUGUUUUUUUCAGGAUUGCUCCGCAAUCUGCCAGGUGCUGUGCAAAAGCCUUUCAUACAGAGGUAGAUGUUUUCAUUCCCCCUUAACUGGGGAACCCCUGGAGGACCCUGGUGGAUCCUGCCAAGGACACAGGAGUGAUGGCAGAGCCACCACUUGGCGUGUGUCUGCCUCCCACGCCUGCGUCCAGAAGCCCUGUGUUUAUCGCCUUCCCCAGGGAGGGUGUCCUUCCGUGUGGGGGAUGCCGCGGUGCCUCCUUAGUUUUGAAAGCAGCCAAUCUCUGCCUUCUCAGACAAGAGAUUCAAAGCUCAGGAUGGAUGGGAACCUGUCCACUGUGCUACCAGACUCACAGAUCACUCAUCAUUUUGUUUUUCUUCCCAACUUUAUUGAGAUAAAAUUAACAUAUAAUGUUGUUUAAGGUAUACGACAUGAAGAUUUGAUACAUGUAUAUAUUGUGAAGUGAUUACCACAAAAUAAGGUUAGUUAACACCUCCAUCACCUCACAUAAUUGUCUUUUUUUUUUUGAGUGGUGAGAACAUUUAAGAUUUACUCUGUUAGCAACUUUCAAGUAUAUAAUAUAGUAUUGUUAACUGCAGUCACCAUGCUGUGCAUUAGAUCCCCAGAAUUUGCUCAUCUCAUAACUGGCAGUCUGUACCCCUUGACCAGCAUCUCCCCAUUUCCCCCACCCACCAGCCCCUGGCAAGCACCAGUCUACUCUCCGUUUCUGAGUUCAGCAUUUUUAGAUUCCACAUGUAAGUGAGAUCAUUCAGUACUUGUCUUUCUCUGUCUGACUUAUUUUGCUUAGCAGAAUGUCAUCCAGGUUCAUUCAUGUUGCAAAGGCAGGAUUACUUUCUAUUUUUUUUUGGCUAAAUAAUAUUCCAUCAUCUAUAUUUGUAUCUCUAUCUAUCUGCCUAUCUAUCUGCCUAUCUAUCUGCCUAUCUAUCUAUCUAUCUAUCUAUCUAUCUAUCUUUCUGUCUUACAUUUUCCUUAUCGAUUCAUCUGUCCAUGGACAUUUAGGUAUUUCCAUGUCUUGGCUAUUGUGAAUAAUGCUGCAGUGAACGUGGGGGUGCAGACAUAUCUUCAGGGUAGUGAUUUCAUUUCCUUCCACUAUACGCCCAGCAGUGGGAUUGCUGGAUGAUCACUGAUUGAUAUUAAGUUGAAAUAUCAAGGAGGCAGGGAUAAAGCAGAGAAGGGGAGGUGGGGCUGGUGGGUCUUAUAUGUCCCCAGGAGGGGUGCUGACCCGGUUUCUGGCUCUAGAUAUUUGGAAGAGUCACAGGAUGUGACUUGGGAAGCCCGUGGGUCCAUACCUGCACCCGGUGACAAACUGGCACUGAUGCCUCUUAAAAUGGGAGGCCCCAGUGGCCAACUAGUCACUUCUGCUGGACUUGAAGUUUCUGCACACUUUUUAAAAAAGUGGAUGUUUCUCUAAAUAUCAAAACCCUGACUUUUGACACCCUAUUUUGUAAUGAGUGCUUUUGCUGCUUUUGUUUCAAGACCUCCCUAACCUACUAGUCUUUGCUAACUUUGCCUGUGGUUAAAAUCUCAGAGCAUGGCUGUUGUUAUUUUUUUAAUGUUCUGUAUAUGUUCUUUUAAUGAUUUGUAACACUAAUAUUCUCUUAAAAUUAUUUUGUAAUUCCACUUCUAAACAGCUUUAUUGAGAUAUAAUUGGCUUGUAAUAACUGCACAUAUUUAAAGUAUACAAUUUGAUAAGUUUUGCCACUUGUAUACACCCAUGAAAACAUCACCACAAUCACAAUGGACGUAGCCAUCAUCCUCAAAGGCUUCCUCAUGUCCCCUCCUCUUACCGCUCCCUGACCCCCAACCUUGUCCCCAGGCAACCACUAAUCCACUUUCUGUGUCUAUAGAUUAGUUUUAAUUUUCAAUAAUUUUAUGUAAAUGUAUCAUACAUUAUAUAUCCUUUUUUGGUCUGAUUUCUUUCACUCAGCAUAAUUAUUUUGAGAUCCAUCCACCUUAUUGUUGGUGUCAAUAGUUCAUUCCUGGUAUAUGGUGUGAUGUCCCACAAUUGUUGAUCCAUUCACCUGUUGGUGAACAUUUGGGUUGUUUCCAGUGUUUGGAUAUGACAAAUAAAGCAACUGUGAACAUUCAGGUACAA